GCUCUGGAGCCGCUGAUAUCGCCGCAGACUAACUGAGACAAUAAAGGUGAAACUCCAAAAUUUCCCAAGUCAACUCCCACAUGGCAGUGAACCACUCAGCUGAAGAUUAAACCAAGUACACUCCAAAGCUCCAAAGCACUGCCCUCGUAGAUGCCGCUCAGUCUCCGUCUUUGCAAAUGGCUUGCUGUCUGAAGGACGAGCUCCUCUGUUCCAUCUGCCUCAGCAUCUACCAGGACCCGGUCAGCUUUGGCUGCGAGCACUACUUCUGCCGAAAGUGUAUCACCGAGCACUGGAGCAGACAGGAGCCUCACGGAGUGCGGGACUGCCCUGAGUGCCGCAGGACCUUCACCGAUCCUCUCCUCUCUCCAAGCCUCAAGUUAUCCAACAUUGUGGAGCGCUACUCGGCCUUCCCGCUGGACGCCAUCCUUAACGCCCAGAGGAGCCCCUAUCCAUGCAAGGACCACGAGAAAGUCAAGCUCUUCUGCCUCACUGACAAAAGUCUGGUGUGCUUUUUCUGUGACGAGCCGGCGCUACACGAGCAGCACCAAGUGACCACUAUAGACGAGGCUUACGAGGAGAUACAGAGGGAGAUGAAGGAGCAGCUGGCCACCCUGCAGGACAGUGAGAAGGGACACACUGAAGCCCUGCAGCUCCUGCAGAGACAACUCACAGAGACCAAGUCCUCGGCCAAGAGUCUGCGUGCAACCAUCGGCGACGCCUUUGAGCGCCUCCACCGCUUCCUGCGUGAGCGUCAGAAGAGCAUGCUAGAGGAACUGGAGAUGGACACAGCCCGCAAGCUCUCCGACAUCGAGCACAAGAUCCAACGCUACAGCCAGCAGCUGCACGACGUCAAGGAAGGCAUCCAGAUCCUGCAGGAGCGCCUCAACGAGACAGGGCGACACAACUUCCUGGAGGGAGUAGCUGUCACAUCAGAGAGUUUGAGGGGAUACAAUAAGGCGGACUGUGAUGGUUUCAAGAUUCAAGUGAUCUUACGUUGUGUUUUGGCUCAGGAAAGCUCACACAAACGAUACUCCAGAAGAACCACCUAUGCUAUAGAACAAAUGAUUAAAGGGAAGAUACAUGAGACCAAUCUGACGUAUGAGGACUUCCCGACAUCCAAGUACAUGGGGCCCUUACAGUACACAAUAUGGAAGUCGCUUUUCCAGGAUAUUUCUCCAGUGCCGGUAGCGUUGACUCUUGACCCCAUCACAGCCCACCAAAGACUGAUCCUCUCAGAUGAUUGUACCAUCGUGGCUUACGGGAACCUCCACCCACAGCCGCUGCAGGACUCCCCGCGCCGCUUUGACGUGGAGGUGUCCGUUCUGGGUGCAGAGGGCUUUGUGUCGGGCGUCCAUUACUGGGAGGUGAUGGUGUCGGAGAAGACCCAGUGGAUGAUUGGUGUGGCCAACGAGACAGUCAGCCGUAAGGGCAGCAUCCAGAUCCAGCCCAGCCGCGGCUUCUACUGCAUUGUUAUGCAUGAUGGGAACCAGUACAGCGCCUGCACCGAGCCCUGGACCCGCCUCAACGUCAAGAGCAAGCUAGAGAAGGUGGGGGUGUACCUGGACUACCCCAAAGGCCUACUCAUCUUCUACAAUGCAGACGACAUGUCCUGGCUCUACACCUACAGGGAGAAAUUCCCCACCAAGGUCUUUCCCUACUUCAGUCCCGGCCAGAGCCAUGCCAACGGCAAGAAUGUGCAGCCGCUGCGAAUCAACACUGUACGCCUUUAAGAGCUACGCACAUCUAUUGUCACGUUUGUCCUGACAGAUGAAUCCAUCAUAGGUGAAUUCACAGGACUUCUGUAGGUUUCAAAAGAUGUUCAAGAAAUCCGUUUAAAAUGUUUAAUAGGGUGUUUGAAAUGUUUAUUUCUUUCAGUUCGGUGUUAAGAAUUGUGCUUGAUGUUGCUCUUAAAACCUGCGCUGUUAUUUUUUCGUGACUUGAAACAACCACACGAUAACGGUCUGUACUUGAGCCUCAUUCCUCAUCUUAAACCAAAAAGAUGACACUAAAUGGAGUCAGAUGGACCCCUUGGCUCCUCUGGGGUCUGUGGCAGUGAUGUAAAAAAUAAAAAUAAAAAGGUGGUUCCCCUCUCCAGAAGGGACUGUCCCAGGCCCUACUCUUUUUGUGCUUGAUAAAGCUCAUCUGGCCCUCCAAGCAUACCCCAUGCAUUGGCCAAAAGUGUUUAUUACAAAAUACUUUUGGGAUCAAAUAAAACUUCUUUUUUUUUUUUUUUACAAUAGCUGAAAAAAUACCCACUUCAUCCUUUCUUUGCCACUCUACAUCUUUGCAUUUGUAUGUUUGUUGUCCAUUUAAAAAGAAACUUGGGGCAGUGCCCUUGAUGUUGUACAAUGUGUUUCUGGUAAUGUGCAGUAUGAAGCAAACUGGGGUCUAACUGAGAACAUCUGCAAAUGAUUCCUGGUGUUUUGUUUUAACUUGCACAGAUUUGCAGGAUCAUGUUUCACAAAGCAGGUCUAUGAAAUCAUCUGUAAAACUUGUGUAACAGAGUUAAGUGUGAAACUAAAAAUGACCAGGUUUUGUCAAUCGGGACAGAACUUGACAUCUCUCUGAUUGGCUGAUCUGAAUUGCCCAUCCGAAGUAAAUCCCAUGCAGGUUAACACAUAUUCAGUGAUUUGACCCCAGUUUGCGGUGUUGUAGACCUCAGUGGGGUCUACAACACCACUGGGGUUUCUGUUUGGAUAUUCAGAAGGAGAUUCAUGUGAGGCGGUGUUGGGAUAUUGGUGGCGGUAAUAGUUAAAAUGAUUUAUGAUUAUGAUGAAAACUAUGACACUUUUAAUGAUUAUAAUGAUGAUUGUGUCUUUUGAUGAUGGCCGCUGUGCAUCCAUCAUUGUGUGAACACACUCUAGUCUGCUGGAGGUUUGUGGGAAA